AUGGCUGUCUCGUUAAAUGAAAUUUCUGACAACACAAAAUUAGCACGUGAAUUAGCUCUAACUGGAAAUUACGAAACAUCAGGUGUUUAUUAUCAAGGUGUAAUACAACAAAUUAAUCGACUAUUGUCAACAAUUGCUGACACUGCUAGAAAAGCCAAGUGGCAAUUAGUUCAGCAUCAAAUUGUUGAUGAAUAUGAUAAAGUUACAGCAGCGUUGCGUCCCUCUUGUUUACAAUAUGAAGAAUCAGUAAGAGAUUCAAGUUUAUGGUCUUCCAGUGGAUCAUCAUGGAACGCACAUCAAACACGUGAUCCUGACGUGUGGCCUCCUUUAGCACCUGGUGAACAGAAAACUCCGAAGUCACAAAAUGGAAUUCGUAAACCUCAAAAUCGUGUUGCACCACGUAAAACAUCAUCAACAGCUGUUAAAAAACCAGAUACUAAGGGAAAUAGUAAUAAUAAUAAAAAAGAAGAUAAAAAAAAUUUCAAAAAAGAUGAGAAAGAAAAAAAUGAUAAUGACCGUACUGAUGUUGAAGUAGAAGAGAAAAAAUUUGAGUCUUCUGGAAAUGAUCGUGAUUUAGUUGACUUGUUAGAGCGUGAUAUUGUACAAAAAAAUCCAAAUAUACGCUGGGAUGAUAUUGCUGAUCUUCAUGAGGCUAAACGAUUGUUAGAAGAAGCCGUGGCAGUUGCUACAGAAUGUGGAACAACAUUUUUUAAUGUAUCAUCAUCGACGUUAACAUCAAAAUAUCGCGGUGAAUCUGAAAAACUUGUUCGUCUUCUUUUUGAAAUGGCCCGAUUUUAUGCUCCAAGUACAAUAUUUAUCGAUGAAAUCGAUUCAUUGUGCUCAAGACGUGGAUCCGAGUCUGAACAUGAAGCAUCUAGGCGUGUAAAAUCAGAGUUACUUGUUCAAAUGGAUGGAAUAAGUUCUAAUAGUGAUGAUCCGAGCAAAGUUGUUAUGGUCUUAGCCGCAACUAAUUUUCCAUGGGACAUUGAUGAAGCUUUAAGACGACGAUUGGAAAAACGUAUAUACAUUCCACUACCAAAUACUGGAUUAAAACCCGAUCAAAUUCGGCAAUUACCUAAAGAAGAAUUGGACUUGCCAGUAUCAGCAGCUGACUUUUAUGAAGCCAUUGAAAGAUGUAAUAAGAGCGUCUCACAAGAAGAUCUUGAGAAAUAUGACAAGUGGAUGAACGAAUUCGGCUCUUCAUGA